AGCCUCUUGUGCUCCUUGCGAUUUGUGCCUCCGCCGCCUAGUAGAUUUGCCUGCACCGUCUCGCUCCAGUGCCCCGGCGCUUCAUUCGCAGUCGCUUACCUCACCGCCAAACUGUACGUACGUAGGAAAUCAAUCGGCCCAAUGGCCUCGUACUCGCACGACGACAGCGCGGACCGAUAUAUAACGGUCAUGAGUUCCGUCACCGGCAAGCCCAAGCGGCGCCGUGUGGUGAACUGUGCAGCACCGGAGGAAGACGCCGAGGUGAAAACCUACUACGCCAACGACGCCAAGAUGAACAACCCUCUUCGCUACACCACCUGCAUGAGCCACCACAUCAUGGCCCGCAUUGAGGAUGACGUCAAGCGCGCAAAGAUGCGCCAGGAAAAUCCGGAGUCUGUCAUCCCUAGCAAGGGCUACGACUAUGACGUGGAGGCCUCACGCGCCGUGGAGGAGUACCGCGCUACCCAGCAGCUCCCCCGCGGCGCCAACGUGGUGGUCGCCACGCUCUACGCCCCGAUCCACGCCGUUGUGCAUCUCCCCGCCAUUUCACCCCGGUCCAACCGCUCGCGCCGCAGCAGCAACAGCCGGCAGCCCAGCCACGGCCCAAGCACGGCGAACUCGCCGACCGAUCAGAGCCGACGCGUCGAGCAGCCUUCGAGCGCGCGUCGACCGGCGCCGACUUCUCGAGCUUCAUCAAAGGCACUGCAGUAUCCCAGCGCGUACCGCUCCCGCUCCGCACCACGGUACAACUACCACGGUAGUCACGCUGGCGGCGCAUCGAACAGUUCGAGCCCGCUGCCGCCCCGACCAGCCGGCGGUCGUCUGCAGCCGCUAGAGUACGCAGCGCUGGGACCCACCAGCGGCUCACCAUACGGUGACUUCCGUGAUGACGGCCGAGUUCUGCAACCCGCUAAUGAUCGUCGCUCGUCAAAUGCGAGCAGGAACCUUUUCUUACAGCUGUCGAGUUUUGAAAGCGAGGAGGCGGAUACGGCCGUCGAUGAGGAGCGCCAGCGGCGACUGCGCUUGGCGGACGAACUCGCUCAAGAAAUGGACGCCGAAGAGAUGUAA